GGCUUCAACAUCAAAGAUGCAGGUUCAGGUCAACAGGGUUUCAGAAGCCCUAAUUGAGGCUUCAACAUCAGAAGCAGAAACCACAAUUGAGGUGGCGGGAAUUCCAAUCAACCAUUAUGAAGAGAAUUGUCUUGUUUACCAGAACAACCGCGAAUUCAGCCGGAACAGACUUAAAUGUGGAGAUCUUUUCUUCCUACAUAGGAUGUUGGUGGAAAAGUCGUGGGUAGACAUUUUAGAUGGUGAGUUUGAUAUAGAGUAUGCGGUUAAACUUUGUAAAUUCGUUGAAAACGAGGUUAAGUCAGACCUGCCUGCAUACGGUCUCUGUCCCCCCAAGGAUCAAAUUUUUCAUUCCUUCAACAUUGCAACGUUUUCUUCGGUUAAGGUGGUAAUCCUUGGGCAGAAGGAACCUUAUGCAGUUAAGAAUAGAGCUAUGGAAUUGGCCUAUUAGCCUAUUCGGUUCCCAAAGGGAGGAAACUUCCCUCGGAAUUAGAGAACAUCUUAAUUGAAGUUUCCAAUCGGAAUUAGAGAACAUCUUAAUUGAAGUUUCCAAUGAUAUAGGCUGUCCAUUUCCA